CAUUCUUGCAGUGCACCGGUUUACGCGGGACAUUUACAGCAUGAAGUUUCCCGAGUUGGAGUCCAUUGUCCAGACACCCCUGGAGUACAUUGCGGUGGUUCACCGCAUUCAAAACCAGACUGACCUGACUCAAGUGGACCUUUCGGAUUUGCUGCCUUCGCCUUUGAUUAUGGCGCUGACUGUUGCUGCUUCUCUUUCUAUUUCCAGCGGCGGAGGCAGCAACUCAUCUAAUGCAGGAAGGCGCCUCCCGGAAGAGGACCUGGAGAAGGCAACAGCAGCAGCAAAGGAGGCUCUGGCGCUUGCAGAAAAACGCAAAGAAGUGCUGCAAUACUUGGAAAGCCGCAUGGCUUUGGUGGCCCCCAACGUCUCCGCCAUUUUGGGCGCUGCGCUGACAGCGCGGCUUCUCACGAAAGUUGGGCGUUUGGAAACCCUCGCCAAGAUGCCUGCGCAAAACAUCAUGGUCAAACCCUAA